CCUUGUCGCGAGUUUGCUUGUCAUUCUUUGAUUUGCGUGUAAUAUUUCCACCGAGGAGAGAAGCCUUCGCCUUUUCCACAUUUUCCCCGGAACCAAACGCCCACUCUGCAUCGAUGAUCUUCGAAUCCUAACGGCCCGUUCGAGGACGAUGAGGUGGACCCGCGAUCUGUUCUUGAGUCCAAACAUCCCAAUUUUCUUCUCGAUUCUUGAUGGAACCGAACCAAUCUCUCUCCUCAGAAAAUGUCAAAGUAAUCGAAUGGGAAGAUUUCGAGCAAGAGUUGGCGCGAUUGUGGAGUCUGUCUUCUGCCCUCAAAGAAGCUAAAGAGAAGAAAGAUUCCCUUCAAGAAAAGCUUAAUUCUCUCCUUCAGGUGAAAGCAGAGUCCUUGAAUCGGUCAAAUGAGCUCGAGGAGAUGCAGCAGAGGCUGGAUGACCGGAAAUUUGUGACUGGAGACAUGUCAAUGCAGUCAAAGAUUGUAGAAGAGGAUAUUAAGAAGAAAGAGGAGAGGCUUGGUCUUGAAGUUAGAUCACUCUUAGUUGCUGGGACGGCUCUUUCAGUGUCUAGGAAUCGGUUGCAGGAUGCCAAUAGGUUACUUUCUGGAGAAAGGGGCUAUGUUCAUCUCAAAAACUUGGAGAAGAUGCUAAGAGUGAGGCAACAACACAUGAUAUCACAAGUUUCAUUUCUCUAUCCUGUAAAGCCCUCAAUUGGAUCACUUGAGCAAGAACUUGAAUCAUUUCCCAGCAGUAGCAGAGCAGGGAAUGCUGUUGGUUCCAAACCUCUCAAUGAAGGAUCAUUGACUAUUUCAGGUCUACAACUGAAUAUGCUUGCUAUUAAGAAGAUGAGUUUUUUCACUGAUAAGAAGGAGGUUCAGAGGUCCGCAACUGCCUUGGGAUAUGUCGCACAUGCAGUUUCACUAAUCGCUUCUUACUUAGAAGUUCCUCUGCGUUACCCUUUGCGCUUGGGAGGCUCUCGUUCAUAUAUAAAUGACUAUGCACCUUCCAUUGAACCUACACCAACUGAUUCAGUGUCAAAUUCUCUACUUCUCACAAAUUUGAAGCACAUAGAGUUUCCUCUCUUCUUAGAAGGUCAAGACACAACAAGAGCAGCUUAUGCUGUAUUCUUGCUAAACAAGGAUUUAGAGCAGCUGCUGAAUUUCAUUGGUGUAAAGAGUUUAGGGCCACGCCAUGUAUUGGCUAAUUUGAAGGAGCUUCUAAGGACCAUUCUAUCUCCAGAAUUUAUUGAUACAUAAUCUGACAUCCUGACUGUAAGUUAGAAACCUUUUUGUGUAAAUGGAUCAUCUGUUUUCAUAUACAGGUGCAAAUUUUUAAUGGAGCACCUUGCCAUGAAGGCUUGUUAGUUACCACAUUUAAAAAAAGUGCCAAUUAUUUGUAACUUGAUUUCUUUUUCUUGAAGAAUAUAUAUUUUUUUAUAUUCUUA